AUUGUUCAUAAGGGUGCGUGUAUGACAUGUGACGUAGCAGAAGAUGAAAAAGAAAGAAAAAGAGAGAGAGAAACCAAUUGUGUCAGGUUACUAAGCGCUGUCACUUCUGGCGGUUGGGUGUCUCGCGUAACAUCCGUCAGUAUUCGUUGCAUAUCGUUUAGUGUUUUUGAGCGUUUUACAGAAGCAAGGUUCGCUAAGGCGAACGUAAUAUUAAGUUGAAACUCGUAAUUGUGAAAUGGCGGACACAACCGUAGACGCAACGCGGCGCUUAAAUGUGAAAAAACAAACGCUGGACGACGCUUACGCGGCGCCUGCUAACUUUCUUGAAAUCGACGUGAUUAAUCCGAUUACACACGGCGUCGGCAAGAAACGAUAUACCGAUUACGAAGUUCGUAUGAGAACAAACCUACCAGUCUUUAAAGUAAAGGAUUCAACGGUAAGAAGACGAUACAGUGAUUUUGAAUGGCUGAGAAAUGAAUUAGAAAGAGAUAGCAAGAUAGUGGUACCACCUUUACCAGGGAAAGCAUGGAAACGUCAAAUGCCUUUUCGUGGAGAUGAUGGAAUAUUUGAAGAAGAUUUUAUCGAAGAUCGAAGAAAAGGCUUGGAAGUUUUCGUUAACAAAAUAGCUGGACAUCCUUUGGCACAGAACGAACGAUGUUUGCAUAUGUUUCUGCAAGAACCGAUAAUAGAUAAGAAUUAUGUACCUGGAAAGAUACGUAACACAUAAGUCGCCAUAAAAAUGUAUCACCAUAAAAUACUUUUUCCACCAAGCCGUCAUAUUCAGGUUCGCGAUAUUUACAUUGACAUCUUUAUUUGAAAAUCACAAAUAUUCUAUAUUCUUGCAAAAACUAAGUAAGCUUCCAGUACCACAGUAUCAAAUCAGGAUGCUUAUUUGAAGAUAUCUACAUCUAGUUUACUCUUUAAAUAUUGUUAUGCUAAAAGUAUAUAUUAGUUAAGCAUCUUUAUAAGAAAAAUAAAUGGUAAAUUGGCAAAACCAUUCUUACAUGUUACUAGAUUUAUUCUGUCUGUACUGUUAUCAUAUAAUACUGUUUAUAACAAAAGAAAUAAGUAAAAUAAAAAAAUGUUAUUAUUCAUAAGAA